AGAGAGAGAGAGAGAGGAUAAUUUAAUAAGAAGAAAUGUUGGGAGGCAAAAGUGGUAUUAACAAUUAUUAGCUGAAAAGAAAGAAAGAAAGGCCACCCUGACAACAAAGCAUCUCCCUUUGUUUUUGUUUUUAUCAAUUUCAUGAUUUCAGUUUCUAUCUUCUUUUUCAUCUCUCGAAAUCGUAAUCGUCAUCUCCAUCUCCAUUCAUUUUUUUUCUCUGUCUUUCUCCCUUUAUCUUUCUUCUUUAUUCUGUCCUUUUCUUUUUUGCAGAUCGGUUUUCUCAGUUGAUUAUGAUUAUACCCUUUCUUUCUUACUGCUGCUACCUCACCUCAGCUGCCUCCCUUUUUCUGUUGCUUACAGUUUAAUUUCCCAGAAACGAAAACAAAAGAGAUUCACUUAUAAAUUAAAUUCUAAAUCUCGAAGAGGGCAGUAUGGAACACUAACCCUCGUACGUUUACUCUUUUUUCUGGCAACCUGACUUGCCAGUUGAAUCGGGUCAGACCCAGUUCUAGAUUCUUUUCACAGCGUCUCCAUCGCCAGCAAAACGAGCGAUUCCCCCCUCUCGCAGCCGUGUGGGGGACGAGAACAAGACGGAGGGAAUUGAAAUGAAUUUUGUUUGUGGUAUUUAUCAUUGACGAGAAGAAGUCGAAACUCCUUCAUGCAACAUUCAGACGACGGCGGAAGACUAUUGCUGGAAAACGAAUAUAUUUAGAUGCAGCAAGGAGGAGGAAGAGGAGGAGGGCAUCAAUCGCAAUAUGGGGAGAUGAGUGGUGGUCCGAAAACGGAUGCAGCGAGUAGCAGUCUGAUGGUGAGCGAGCAAUCGGAGCAGCUGGAAGAGGCGUCUCCAAUCAGUUACAGACCGCCAGCCAUGGGGAAUCCCGAUGAGUUGAUGAGGUUCGCAAGCGGCGGUGGAGAUGAGGAAGGCGGCGGCGGCGGCGUAGGAGGAGGGGGAGGUGGAGCUGCAAGUAGGAAUAGGUGGCCCCGUCAAGAGACUCUUGCACUUCUCAAGAUUAGAUCAGAUAUGGAUUCCGUCUUCCGUGAAGCCACCAUCAAAGGCCCACUUUCGGAAGAUGUUUCCAGGAAGCUAGCGGAACUGGGUUACAAAAGGAGUGCCAAAAAGUGCAAGGAAAAAUUCGAGAAUGUCCAAAAGUACUACAAGCGAACAAAAGAUGGCCGAUCUGGGCGUCAAGAUGGUAAGAGUUACAAGUUUUUCAGCGAACUCGAGGCUCUACGUACAACUUCCGCCACGAUAACACCUACCGCGGCCGUUUCCUCCUUCAGCCUGGACGUGGCUCCCAUUUCGGUUGGGGUCCCUAUGCCCAUCUCUUCUAUCAGGAUUCCGCCUAGAAGUACAGCUGCCACUAUCCCCGUGUCCUCGGCGCCAGCCCCUCCUAUCACCAGUACAGUCGCUCCGUUUGGGAUCACCUUUUCUUCUAAUAGUUCUUACGAAGUCGAACUACGAGGGGAACCUUCGGGCAUGGCUGACACGAGUCGAAAACGUAAAAGGCAUUCGUCUUCGAGAGAUGGUGGAAGUAAUAGCGGUAGCAUCAGGAAGAUGGAGUUCUUCGAGGGCCUAAUGAAACAUGUAAUGCAGAAACAAGAAGCCUUGCAACAGACGUUUUUAGAUGCCAUGGAGAAGAGAGAGCAAGAUAGGAUGAUAAGAGAAGCAGCUUGGAAAAGACAAGAGCUAGCAAGAUUAGCCCAUGAACAUGAACUUCUGGCUCAAGAACGUGCCCUUGCUUCUUCUAGGGAUGCUGCCAUUGUUUCAUUCUUGCAGAAUAUUACUGGUCAGACGAUACAGUUACCCUCGGCGGCUCCACCUCCGCAGACACAACCACCCGCACCUGCUGUUCCACCACUGACCCCAAUUCCUUCACCAGCAGCUCCACAACCGCAACACCACCACCAACAACAGCAACAACAGUCACAUUUGCAACAUCAACGGCAACAGCCGCAACAAUCACAUUUGCAACAUCAACAGAACCAGUAUGAACCACAAAAUACUAAAGUUGUGAAGCAUCAACAACAUCGUAUACCUUCGGAAGUGACAAUGGCUAGCCAGGAACAAAAGGUGGCACGACAGGAGAUCGGUGGGAGCGAAAGGAUGGAGCCUGCGUCGUCCAGAUGGCCUAAAGCUGAGGUUCUGGCACUUAUAAGCAUAAGGAGUGGGCUUGAAUCUAGUUAUCAAGAGGCUGGGCCGAACGGUCCUCUCUGGGAAGAAAUCUCCGCAGGUAUGAGCAGGAUGGGCUAUAAGAGAAGCGUCAAACGAUGCAAGGAAAAAUGGGAGAACAUCAACAAAUAUUUCAAGAAAGUCAAAGAAAGUAACAAGCAGCGUCCCGAGGAUGCCAAAACCUGCCCCUAUUUUCACCAACUCGAGGCCCUUUACCGUAAGAAAAUACUUGGUGGUGGAACUAGCGGUGGUUCCUGUAGCUUCAGUGACCAAAAUAGGCUUGAAGGUGAAACAUCACAGCCUAGUGACACCCCAACAAUCAUGCCAGCGCCACCAUUGACGCAGCAGCCUAUUCAUAAUCAAUCUGAAAAUAAAACCGAAGUUAUUGUUGAUGCCCUUCCAAAUAAAGAAAAUUCAACUGGAAGUCUCUUGGGAAAAGGAAAUACUGGAUUUGCAAAGAAGUCAGAAGAUAUGGUGAGGGAGCUGAUGGAGGAAAGGGAGAUGCAGUAGCAAAGGAUGCAUACAUACAUACAAUCCUAGGUGGUUGAAUGGCUAUGAUCUAUAAGGUUGACCAACCAUAUAGUGAGAAAAUGGAACAUGAAUAGGAGGAAAUGGAAGAAAAGCGAAAGAUGGGUUUUAUAAGAUUGAAAUUCAAAGACAAAAUUCAAGCUGAGGACCAUCCUAUGCGCUUAUCGGUUCAGAAGUUUUGUUUCUCUCCUACUUCCUGAAUAAUUUCGGUGUCAUUAUUGUUAUUUUUUUUUCAGUUCAUUGAUUUGUUGGUGAAUAAGGAAUUCCGUUUUAAAUGGGAAACGAGAAGAUAGAUUGAAUUGAGACA